AUGGGGAGAUCGUUGCCUCCGUUUAUGUAUGGUGCGUCUACGUCGCAUGCCUUCUAUGGUCCAACGGAUCGGCCUUUCAAUCCAAAGGCUGUGACUGAGUCGAGUUGGGCCCGACCGACCUCGAAGCCAAAGCAAAAGGGACCAUAUAUCAGCUUCAACAGACAUCCAGACUCGUAUUCGAACUUUCCCGAUGGAGUGACGCGAUGGGCCCCCAUGAGUCCUCGGACAAAGAGUAAGGUGUUCUAUGGAAGGAGGAUACAGUUGGGUUUGCGUGUGCUAGCUCUUCUCGGAGCACUCGGAGCGCUGUUCUGUGGCAUCGUUAUCAAAAAUAUCGCGGUGACUAUCAUCUGGAUCAUUCGCGCCGGACCCAUCGUUGCAGUUCUCCACACCCUCUAUGGUAUCUAUCAUCUAUGUCGCUCUCCGGUCACUAGACCUGCGGGCUCGCAGGCCAGCUACAUGGUCUUCGCAGCAACCCUGGACUUAGGACUGAUCCCAUUCUAUGGUUUCUCUGCAUACAUCGCAUACCAGCAGAUCACCAACAAUGCCUAUCAUUGGAGCACUCUAUUGAGUGCCGACGCCGAAAUCACAGACAAAAUCGCUCACGCGACGUUUCUCCUGAGUGUCGUCAGCGGAGGCAUCCAUCUUAUAUCCUUGGGCAUCUGUGUCUUCCUGGCCAUAAUUUUCCGCCAGAUCGCUCAGCUGCCUCCGGAUCUGAACCCGCUCGAAGACAAUCUCACUUCCCGGCCCCACAAGCGAAACAAAUCAGAACUUGCUGAGAAGCAUCUCAGUAACUCUACAGUUGCAUCUGAAAUGUCUUCCAUGGAGGACCCCCUCAUUAAUGCGCCUCGCACCGUGCCGUUCAUGCAUACCCGCAGCAGGUCCUCUGAGGAUGCGUCAAGCCGGGGCUCUGUUCUCAGUCAGCAAAGAGAGUCGCAAUCAUCCAUGUAUCAUGCUGCAGAGGUUCCCCCGGUUCCUCCACUGCCCAGUCAGACCUUCGUGGAGGAGAAUAAUUCACCACGAAAGAAGUUAGCUUCGACAAAAGCCCCCAGUGUUCGUGCUCAGGAGGCCUCGCUUGAUGUUCCUGACAGGGCACAAUGCAUCAGCCCGGAGUCAGGCAACUGGAUCAUUUACCCCUCCCGCUCUCCUUCCCCGGCAGAGGCUGCUUUGAACGAGAAUUUGGCCCGCCGCGACCCGUCAUCUGCGUACAGUCAGGCGGAAUCUCUCGUCUCCAGAGGCAGCAGUUUCAAGGACUGGCUCACAUCUGCUCAGCGCUAUGAACGGCUUGCUGAAGAGACCAUUUCCGAGGAGGUUCGCGGCGAGUAUGAGUCUCUCACUUUGCAUGAAUACUAUGGCAACGACGAAGAUCUCCACGAACAUGCCCGGCAGACCGGAUACUACAAUAACACCGAACAAGACAUCGGCGACCACAACAUCAACAUCUUCCUUGACCACGACGCGCGCGAACGAGUAGUAUCUGCCUCCCUCCAGGUCAAUCCCCUGGCCUUGAACCCGCCCAGCCCGCAACCCAUACAAGAUGAGGCCAGAGACGACGCCCAGGACGAACCCAACCCAUCUCCACGCGUCGCCCUCACGGAAAUUCCUGACCUCUCCCCAAAUCCCCCAGCUUCACUGCCAUCCCAAGAGGGCCCCGAGAAGAAGAGCCGCUUCUACGGCGAACUCAACACAAAGCCGUGGCUCACCAUCCCUCGUGGCGUGAGUGGUCAGAACGAGCCCAACUCUCCCAACAUGGGCCGCAAGAAGAGCAAGCUCGUCAAGCGCAACAGCCAGAAACUACACACGUACGGGCCCCUCACGCAGAAGGAUGGCGACGACUACGGCGGUGAGGAGCAGCAUCCCCCCGUUCCCCUGCACCCUGCGACAGCGGACAGCGACCGCAAGGGCCGUGUUGUAAGUAACUCGGGCGCCGACGUUAGCCGCCACGAUCUCGGCGCAGGAUCGUCGCUGGCGUAUGGCAAUUACAUUGCCAACUUGGGUGUCGGGAGGCGGCGGGAUGUCAGCGGGAAGAUCGCCGAGGAGGGCAGAGGUGGUGUUGUCGAGGUGGAGAGUCCAAGCCCGAAGCCUCUGCGGGCUGCUGGAUGGGCUCGUUUUGCUGGAUUGUAA